AUGCUGCUUUGUUUGGUGUGGGUGCCCACUCUUCUUCUGGGGGACCUUGAGCUUGCCAUUUCUCCAGUUCUUCCGGCAACUCUCCGGAGCAACACCUUUACCUUUCACGGGACACUACCCAUUCCAUCUUACAUUCAACCGCUUCUCCGGGCGCCAGAGCCCAGGCCCCUAGCACUCCUUCCAGCGUCCUCAUUUGGUAACAUAAGCGCUGCUGAGAAUUCCCAGGCUAUCAUUGUUGCUGGGAAUACUACUGUAGAACACCUAUCUGACACAUCUUGGUUGGAGUGGGAGGAAUCCUUUGCUGCAUUUAUGGCCUUCUUUGAUAGUGGUGUUCAGGUCCUUCGAUCCACAGAUGAACUCUUGCCACUUUGUCACCGGUUCAACGGUUACGCAACAUUCCGAGGAGCCCUUGUUUAUCACAAGACAGUUGCAGCCCUGGAGAAAUUUCUGGACAAGUAUGGAGAUUUAACGAACAUGACUAGCAUCACUUCUUCCUUUUCAGGGUGCAUUGCUUUCCGGACUCUUGGCUUGGUGCUCCAUGGAAUGGAUACUACGCAGUUGCUGGACAUCACAGACCAUCGACUCCUUUGCUGGCGGGACACGAUCUGUGAAGCCAUGACUUUAGGUUUCCGGGUAGAGUUUCUCUUGAACUUGGUGAAUGACCUAGCACGUGCUGUAUUCGGGGAACGGGCUAUUCAUAGCAUGGAGUCAUUUUCUGGUUCUGACAACAUAAGAGCAGCGUCAAAGGCCUUGAAUCUCAAGCAGCGCGAGUUAGAAAAUCAGCAUGGGGAAUUGCGUGCCCUUCUUCUGGCCCAAGGUAUUUCUCCUGAUAGUGCAGGCUGCGUGAUGGAAGCAGUGACAAGGUCUUCUCAUAAGGCUUCUUUCGUUCUUUUCUAG